AUGUCUUCUCCCUCUAACAAGACCUCUCCUACCGAUCUGCCACGCUACUCCACCACUGCACCACCACCAUACACAUCAUCCGAUGCGAACUCCAUGUUUUCGACGAAGUCAACAUCAAAGAGUAUCCUCAAGAAAAUGUUGAACCUGAAUUCGACGUCGCAAUCAAGUAACCAAACGCGGAAGGAGACGGAAGAAAACGAGGCGAGAGCUGCAGCACGAGCGGCGUACUUCUCUGGCCUUUAG